AUGGCCACUUUUCACCCUAAAACAUCUACUCCUUCAAUCAAACAUAAGUCAACUCCCAUCAUAGCAACUCAUUCGUCAUUUCAACCAUUAGAACAAAGAGUGCAUUCUAUUCCACAACAGCAAAGGGAGUCCAAUGUUCAUCAAUUAGUAGACACACCACAUACACCUCCUUCUAAAAAUAAUAGUACUACUAUGAGUCAAGUCAUUGCACCCAUUAUUAGUGUCUGUGGUGGCAUUGCAAUUGUUGCUGCUGUCAUGUUCUUUGUGGCCUUGAAGAGAAAAAGACAACGACAAGUAAGAAACAAUGAAAGCAAAGACGACCAAAAUAAAUUUGAUGAUCUUUCAUUAUCCAAAGAAGGGGUUCAACCUGAAGAAAAGGUGUCCAUACCAAAACUAACUCCUUUACGUCAAAGCAUGACGGAUAAACUGAUCGAAUCAAACACAACAACAGCAGCAGGCUCACGUACAAGUUCAAUGACACUCGCAAAUCAACCAAGGCCUAAAUCAAGCGCAUCUUCUUCCAGCACAGUCUAUGCAGAUGCCCUCUCAAGCCCUGCGGCAGCAACUUCAACAUGA